AUGCACCCGAAUGAAUGCCUCAAACUCGAUUUCAUACUUGUAGCGCUAGCCAAGAUGCAGAUUCUCAGCGCGCCUUUCAGUUGGCUUCGACGUAUCUUCAAGCCUCGCGCCAUCACACUACAGGACGACUCGGGAGCUACUUCUGUCCUGAACAGAGAACUCGAGCAGAUCCUUGAAUCUACGACAUACUCGACUACGCGAAAGGUCAUAAGACAGGAAUUGCAAUCAUUCCUGAAGCUCUUCGAUAAAUACCUCUAUCAUAGUGCCAAUGGCCAUAGCUUGGAUCUGACGAAGAUUACCCCACCUUCCAAGCAUCAGCUUGUUCGUUACGAAAGUAUCUGCAAGGCAGAGGACGUCAACGCCUCGUUGAGUAAGCUAGCCGUCCUUAAGGUCGAUAUUUCCUCAGAUUUGGUUGUACUUGGUGGUCAGGACGGAGGGUCUUUCCUAGACUUGACAGUGCAGCAGAUUUCCAACCUCAGUUCGACAUAUGAUGUUGAUAUUCCACUUAUCCUCUUGAAAUCCCUCGAUAGCCUCGGCAGUUCUCAGCAACCAGAAAAUAUCGUUACUAUAAUGCAAUCGAAGUACCCCAAAAUCUUCAAGGACGCAGACUCGCCCUACAGAGUCUUCAGGAGUGCUAGUGGCGGCUUUGACUGGUGCCCCGCCGGAAACGGCGAUAUAUACAAUACUAUUAUGCGGUCUGGCAUGCUAGAUCAAUUGCUAUUGCAAGGGAAAGAGAUACUGUUCGUAUCCAACUUGGACAAUCUAGGCGCAACGGUCGAUCCUCAAAUACUGCAGCACAUGGUGGCCACAGAGACAGAUUUCAUGUUGGAAGUGGUCGAGAAAAGACGAGGGCAAGCAAAGAGCGACAUCUUGGUUUCCUCUGCGGGUCAGCUUACCUUGUUGAUGGAGAAUCAUGUUCCUUCCGAUCGCUUCGACGAUUUUCAGUUCGCUCAAGGGUUCAAGCACGGAAAUACCGGAAGCCUGUGGAUUAAUCUUCCUGCAUUGAAGAGGGCCAUGGAGCAGGAUAGUAUGCAUUUGGACGUCGUCGCAAACACUACAGUUACUUCGGAUAACCGUAGCAUCAUCCAGUUGGGAACCUCGGCGGAGUCUGGCAUACAGUGCUUUAAGAAAGCCCUGGGCGUACACGUCCCAAGCCACCGAUUCCUGCCAGUCAGAACUUGCUCUGACCUGUUGUUGGUGAAAAGCAAUGUCUUCUCCCUUCGACACGGUCGACUUUGUCUGAACGAAGCCAAGGUAUUCAACGAUUUGCCCGUCAUCAAGCUCGGUGAUCGCUUCCACCAGGCAUCCGAUUUACUGGAACGCUUCAAAGAUAUUCCCAAUCUCGUCGAUUUGGAUCACCUAACGGUUGUUGGGGAUGUCCACUUUGGCAAAGGCGUCGUUCUACGUGGAACCGUUAUUGUGAUUGCACAGAACGGCCAUCAACUCUACAUUCCCGAUAACAGUAUCAUAGAGAAUCGUUUAGUAUCGGGAAGCCUCACUUCAACGGAGCUUUGA